AUGUCAAUGAAAAUAAUGCUUAUGUUGAUAGGAUCAUUGUAUCUAACAGUGACUGCUAGUACAUUUUCAGUUUCAAUCAAUGCGUCGACAAAUUCCAUAAAACAAGGGGAAAACUUUUCCAUUGAUUGUUACGUUUUUGGAUUAAGCGUCGUAGAGUAUUUAAACUCCGACAUUGAGUUACUUCUGAGAAAAAAUAAUAGCAUCAUACAGACAGUUCGGGUAUUAAAAGGGGGAUCACAUGGCGAGAACGACAAAUAUGGGUGGACGGAAAAGUUUCAUAAAAAUAACACCUGUGAAAUAAUCUCGGUGAGAUUCGACGUCUUCAAUGUCAGUUCCUCGGAUGAGGGAAUAUAUUCAUUUUAUACGACAAACAACUCGGUCACACAAUAUGACAGUAUCAAUCUCUAUUCAGGCAAUAAAACAGAAAAGCUUUCAAACUACGUUAUUGUGCGACAUAAUAAAACUCUAGACAGUUCUAUCCCGUAUUUGUGUUGUAAAUAUGGCUUCAGUGUCCUUGAGAACGAGUCAUUUGUAAAUUUUGUCAAUCUUCUUCCCAAUGAAUCUGCACAUUUUGCUGUCUUUCCAACAUUUGUUGUAAACAAUAACAGCAUUGCCAUAGUCAAGCCAUGUAUCUCUUAUGAAGGGUGUUACAACCUCACGGUAGAUAAGUUUCCGGAAAUGGACUGUACAAAAAUCAGCGUUAAAGAAUGGACGACAAAAAAAGACUCAAUCCCCUUAAUUGGGAUAAAGAGGAAAAGAAGUUGUGUUUUACUGGACCAGAAUAUCAUGGAAACUGCAAAACGUGUGUCUUAUAGCUAUUGCCUACGCGAUGGAAAUACGGAGUCAGUGAAUUAUAUAGAACUCUUUUCCAUUAUAGAAAACAGACCUACAUUCCUAGAAGACGAAAGUACAAGUUGUAAGGCGGCAUACACAGUAAAAGAAGCUGAUGCAAGUAGACUCUAUGGAAUACCAUGCUAUAACUCUACGAGACAGUGUGAUGCAUAUUGUUUACAACACGACGGACCAAACGCUUCUUACCAUGGUCACUUAUCUUGGAGUGAGGCAAUGGACACAUGUAUAAGUCUAAACAAAUCUCUACCAGGAAUAAACUCCGAUUUUCUAAGCACCCAAUUUGACAAAGAAAACAAAUCUGUGUGCCUGGCCGCAUACCAAAACUCAUCUAUUGUGUUUCAACCAGUAAUCAAGCAAGUAGUAAACGAAAAUGGCAACCCAAUUGUCAUUCAUUCUAAUACCAGUUUAAGCCUUCCUUUCAUAUGCGGAGCCAACUCAGGUACUAGAUCUAAAGAUCCAGAAAAUUCAAACUAUUGUGCUGGAACUACAAGGGCUGUUAAUAUGGAUUUGUGUGUGCUUUCAACGCCUAACUAUUCUGUUAAUCAAGACGUGUCUUCAAAUAUCAAUAAUGACUCUAAACUGAUUAUCAUAAUAAUUUUGUGUGCUGUUGAAUUCCUGCUGAUCGUCGUUGCAAUUGUUUGCGGCAUUCAUAGAUUUCAUGGAAAAUAUGGAAGUCAAAGAAAUGGGAAUGUGAGCGUUAAUAAUAAUGAAUACAUCUAUUCAUAUCCGAAUGAAACACAAGGUGCAGUAACAGCAACCUUGAGAGGAGGACUGGAUAACAAUUUUAUAAAUCAGACGGAAGUGCAUUCGGAUCUUCACUCAACUAACUGUAAUGAAUUAAUUGAAACGCGUUUAAACAAUGAAUACACACUGAUUGAUAAUAAUGGCGAGUACGAUGUUUUAAGGAGCAAACGGGAAAAUCUCGAUAUUUCCGUUGAUGGUAACAUUUAUGACCGGACAAAUAAUUUAGUGAGCGGAAUUUACGACAGCACUGUAAGGAGAAUAGAAAGCAAGGAAUAAAACAUUUGAAGCACAUGAAAAUAUAUAUGUACAGUUGUAAAUAUUGUGCAUAUAGAAUUGAUUAU